UUCCAAUCCCCUCCAUAUCAUGUGAUUCAGGGUGUUCCAAUCCCCUCCCAAUCAUGUGAUUCAGGUGUUCCAAUCCCCUCCAUGGACACAGGUGUAUACAAUCAAGCCCCUGGGCAUGCAGACGGCUUCUACAAACAUUGGUGAAAGAAUGGGUCGCUCUCAGGAGCUCAGUGACUCCAAGCGUGGUCCCGUGAUAGGUGGCCACCUGGGCAAUAAGUCCAUCUGUGACAUUUCCUGGCUACUAAAUAUUCCACGCUCAACUGUUAGUGGGAUUAUAACAAAGUGGAAGCAACUGGGAACAACAGCCACUCAGCCA